AUGAAUUACCAAUAUAAUGAUUAUAGAUCUCACAGAAAACAAAUUCUUGAUAUUUCAUUAGAGCACAAAAAUUCACUCAUUUUAUCAUCAAGUCCUCAGUGAAGCUUUUUCUCUUUAAUCUCUGCUUGUUCUAAUCUUACUAAAAGUGCAAUCAACUCUAAAAUUGCAAGUACUCUUGCUGCUCACAUCCUUCAAAUAUAUGACUAUUCCACUCUAAAUAGAAGUUAUAUGAAUAAAAUUAAUUUUGCAGACUAUAAAGAAAUCUUAAGGGCUUGCAAGGUUUUAAUAACCGAAGAGCAUCAAAUUAAACUAUUUAGCAUUAUUUUGCAAUCUAGAGAACAUAAAAAUCUAAAAUUUGCUGCUAGCAACGCAAUGACUGUCUUGAAUUACUCCAAAUAUGAAUUUAUCAAUAAAGAUCUAAAUCCCUUCCCCCUUCACAGGCAGCAAAAAUAUUAAAAAAACCUCUUGAUUUUGGCUAACCAAAAUGCAGAAACCUUGCUCUCAAAAUAGUAUUCAAAAUAAAACUGUAAAAAACCAGUUUUUUAAUUAAAAAAGCUUGGAUCAUAAAAGAAAUAAUAGCAUUUUAGAGCAAUUUGAAAUGUCUUUGAGUAGUAUGCCAAGAUCUUCAAUGCACUGUUUUUCAAUCGCCAUAGAGAAAUAUAUAUAAAUUUUAUAAAAUACAAAUUUAACACUUGAAUUUUUUUGUUCUAAGGAAGGAAGGGGGAGGAGUAAGCAGCAUUGAAAUUGAAGGCGCAGACCUCUCUGAAGCACUCAUAAUUAACUCAAACUUUCAGGGAAGCAAUUUGAGAAAAGUAGACUUUUCCUAUGCUAAUAUUUAUUGUUCUAGUUUCCGCAAUUGCGAUUUAACUGAUGCUUGGUUCGGUCAGCAUCCUCCAAUUAUAAAUGAAUCUCUUGAUUAUAAAGCAAGAUUUUCAUGGAAUGGGGAUUAUUUAGCUUAUAGUUUUAACAAUGCUGUUCUUUUGCAUGAUAUUAAGCAUGGCAUAACAUAUAAAGAGCUCAAGCACAAUGCAGAAAUAACAGAAAUUGCCUUUUCUAAAGAUGGACUUUUGCUUGCAAUAAGCGAUAAAAAUAGCAUUCUGCAUCUUUGAGAUUCUGAACUUAAUAAAAAAAUUGGGGAAUUUGAUGAGCAAAAAAGAACAAUAACUUCAAUUGCGUUUUCUCCCGAUAGCAAUUUUAUUGCUGUUGGAAGUCGAGAACAUAGCACUGAGUUGCCUAUGGUUGAUCUUAAGAUUUUAAAUUUGCGUACCAACUAUUAAAUUGAUUUACCAACUUAACUGCCAAGCUAAUUCACAGCUUGAUAAAUUCAAAAUUAUUUUGCACUUCCUGCCCGUAGAGUUAAUUAUAUACUUUCUGCAGCAAAACUAAUCGCAAGAAUUGGAGAUAAAAGUUAUCCUUAGUGGAGUAAUUACUGUCUUGGACUGUAUUUCUUAGUAAUAUGAAAUAUUAAAGCAAGUCAAAUUAAGAGCCUUAUAACUCUUGAUGUACCUGUAAACUCUGUUACAUAUUCUCCUUGCGGUAUAUAUAUUGCUAUUGGAGUAUUUGACUUUUAUCAGUUAAUCGUGUACGCUGAAAGUCCGCUUAUAAAUAAAUUCAAAUUUGAUCUCCCUGAAAUUCCAUAUAAUGCCUCUUUUUCUCCAUGUUCGAAAUAUUUUAUAAAUGAUUGUGAUGAUUCCACUAUUAAUGUGUGAGAUAUGGAAAACGGUCAAUUUAUUAAGACAAUCAAUUGAUAUUUUGAUUGUUGGACCUUAUUUAAGCUUUCUUUUCAUUAUUUAGCAUUCUCAUUAAACCCUGUACCUCCAAUUAAACAUUUUACAAAAAAUGGGCAUUUAGAAGCAAAGUGGCUAAGUGAAUCCUUACUAAAUUCAUUAGAAUUUUCAUUUUCUCCUAAUGAAAAAUACUCAGCUAUCAAGCUAAAAGAUAAAUCAAUAGAAAUUUGAGACACUAAAUCUCUAGAAAGCCAUAUUUCAGAAUAUAAAGCUAUUACUUCUAUAUCUGUUUCAUAUGAUGGAAAAUAUAUAGCUCUUACCAACAACUCAAAAUCAAUAAAAAUACAAAUAAUUGAAAUAAAAGGAAGCCAAUUUAAACUGAGAGGUCAUCAGCAUAUAGUUACGUUUGCCACAUUUUCAAAACAUGGAUAUUUUCUUGUGUCUUUAUGCAGAAGAAAUACUAUAAUCUUUUGAGAUGUUUUUCAUCAAGAUGUUUUAAAGAGAUAUAGCGUGGGGUUAAAUUUACUUACAGCGCUUGAUAUAUCUUUUGAUGGAAAUUUAAUUGGUGUAGGACAUCAUUCUGGUGAUAUAAAGGUUUGAAGUAUAAUGCCUAUGUCUGAUGGGACAGAAUCCAUAAUAUGCAAAAAAGAAGGACAAAAACCUGAAACUUUAAAUAAUUUUUCGUCACUUGAAAAUGAAUAUUCUUUAACCCAAUCAGGAUGUGUUACCUGUAUUAAGUUUUCACCUUGUGGACAUUUUAUUGCGGCAGCAAGCAUCAAUAAAAAAAUUAUAUUAUGGGAAAUUGAUAGUAAAACGUCAUUGGAGUUAAAUGGCCACCAAGGUAACAUAACCUGCAUGUGCUUUAUUCAAUGUAAGAAUUAUUUGGUUUCAGCUGAUGCAAAUGGAUUAGCAAUGAUUUGGGAUAUUAGCAACACACAAGAUAAAAUCAUGGAAAUUCACAUUCUUGAUCAAAUUAUCGUAUCGCUUGCUGUUUCUUGUUGUGGGAAUUAUUUAGCAGCAGGAGGAAUUCAUGGAUCUAUAAAAUUAUACGAUUUUCAGCAUAAAAAAAUGCUAAAAGAAGCCAUUUCUCAUUCUAAGGCUGUUAAUUCAAUUCAAUUUUUCAACAACAAAACGCCAAUCCUUGUUACAGCCAGUAUGGAUGCAACACUUAAAUUUUUUAAAAUUAAUAAAUAA